AUGAUGCAAAACUUCCGCCUGCCAGUUAUUGCUCUAAUCACAUUGUUGCUAUUGGCUGUGCAGUGCGAUUCCCGGAAUUUGUACAGAAGACAAAGCAACGGCAAACAGACCUGCAUGAACAUUUCCUUGUGCAAUUUCUACUACCCUUAUCCAUAUUAUUACUAUCCAUACACAUAUUAUUAUCCAUAUCCAUAUUUUUAUUACCCCUACGUUUACGGC